AUGGAGUACCUUCAACGCAACUUUGACAAGAAUGACAUGCUUCGCGUCGUCCGCGCACUCGCUAUAUUCCGACCUUCUCUUAUCGCAUUGCAAAUGUCGCUGACAGAGGAAGACGAGACGUUUGUUGAGAGAUGUGUGCAACGCUCCUUGAUUGAGCUGGAAAAGCUUAUUUCCUUUAGUGGAACCCCGACGGUUGUCUGGCGGCGUACUGGGGAAAUCUGCCUUGUGGGUAUGGAGUUUAGCAUGCUCACAGGGUGGAGCCAACAAGAACUCGUCGGGCAAGGAAAGUACAUUUAUGAGCUAUUUGAGCGACAAUCGCUGAUCGAAUACUGGGAAAAAUUCUCCGUCAAUGCCUUUGAAAACGCGACUCGAUCUAUUUAUUCUCACUGUGUUCUGCUUAAACCAUCAGGAGAGCCGGUUCCAUGCGCCUUUUGUUUCUCUAUCCGACGGGACCUCUUUGACCUGCCCAGUCUGAUCAUCGGACAGUGGUUGCCCCUUCUCGGAUGA